AUGACUUGUACAUGCAAUGGGGUCUGUCCAUAUCCUCCUUCUCGGCAUUUCUCCCCUGUUCGCACCGUCCAUGGGGAAAUCCGCUACGCGGAAUGGAACUUCGAUAUACUCAUGCACCCCAUACACAUAAGUCACCCGCACACAAAGCGACAGCAGAAAGCAUCCAGAGCCAAAGAGAAUGAUGUAUAUAAUGGGACUGAUUGCAUGAAUUUACCACUUUCAGCCCCAACUGGGUCUUCCCUUAACCCCACCUCUCUGGAUGUUUCCCCUGCUGAGGCUCCUUACUCUCUGCAAUUAGCCCUUUUUGAUAGAUUUACCGUCUCCACAUUUUCUGCCUCAUCUUUACUGGGAUGUUACCGACUAUACGCUCUCAUCGCGUGGCUGCGCAGCUUCGACUUGGUUCGAAAUAGUUGCCUUAGGUUGAAUUUUGCAAACGAUGGAAAGUUCCAACCUCAUACAGAGCCUAGUUCUAUAUGCCAAAUCUACAUUCAACCCUCAGAGCCUCGAACUACAUCUCAUUAUAUAACGAUCCUAAAGGCAUACACAUACCGCCUUAGCACCUUCGAAUAUGUGCCCAACUGUGUGGCAGAACCAGGGCCGGAUGAGGUUGUGCCCAGGGAGAGUCCAUCGAAGAAAUUGAAAGUGGCUAGAUUUAGGGAGGAAAGCCACAAGUUUGAGAGCAUGUCCCUCCCCUAUUUCUCCUUUGUCAGCGUCUUCAUUGAUUCACAAGCUUACACCAGACUAACAUUCUACAAGUAG